AUGGAUCUUUUCCAGGAGAUCUUGCCGGGAGUGAGAGAUGCCCUCGCCAACGCUUCGGCCUUCCAAAUUCAGGGGCUGCUGACCCUCAUGGUGGAGUCAGGCGUCAUCUCCAAGGAAUACCACCAGACUUUGCUCCAUGAAAAAGACAGAGAGGAUCUAGCCAGGAAGAUUUGUUUGACUCUGCUGGGAAGGCAGGACGUACACCUGGACUCCUUUGCAUCUCACUCUGGUUUGCAGUUCUGGGGUGACGACAACCAUGGAGACGCUUCAGAAGCUAAAUCAGCCAGGACUAGAAGCUUGGGUGACACCACAAUGGGCUCGGGAGCCCUGCCUGCGAAGGGGUACCUGGACUUGCUUCACAGUGACCUGGACCCCCUGCUUCUGUACAAAAACAUCGAAGAUGACCUUCCCACAGGCCACGCUCCUGACGUCAGCCUCGACGACCAGGACAACAACCCGGAUGUCUUUUACACCGUGGAAAGCGAUGAGAGCGGGGAAGAGGUCUGUCUGUGUUCCAGUACUGGAGAAGCCUACGAGAAAAUCGCGGAACUAGCAGAAUACGUGCUGGAAGAGGAACCUGCAGAAGACCUUUUCGGUAAGCUGCUUCCCCCGUCCCUCGCCUCCCUCUUACCCUUUAAAGAAAUACGAGAUGUUCUCAGCCCGGCGCCUCCUUCGGGGCUGCCCCGUCCAGCUUUUGUGGCGACUUCAGAGGCCGCGCAGCGUGCGCUCGUAACAUUUGUUUUCCUUCCAAACGACACAGCAGGAAGCUUCGAUUCAGAUGACGCGACGGCUGACGGUUGUCCAGAGCCAAAGAGACAACGCAGCUGUUCCGACGCUCCAGAACCCAAACGGCAGAAAGUCGCACACCCGCCGGGUCUCUGCUCCGGAAGUCCCAACCCAGCGGCGUUUCCCCUGGACCUGUCCUCGGCCGAGACCGUCCCUCUGUCCAACUUCCACGUGCAUUUUUCCGUGACCACCAUAACCCCUGCUGGGGGAUUUCCAAAGAUAUUCGGGCCUCCCGACCUGGUGCUUGAUACGCAAGGUCUUCAGAUGAUCCUGGCCUUCCUGCCACCUUCUCCGCGGGUGAAUUUGCCACUUGGACCAGCCGUAUCGGACGUCAACUUCUGUCCAGAUAUCGUGGAUACCUUUUCCACACGGUUGAAAACCUCCUUCAGGGAGAGAUGCCGAUUUGUGCCCAUGGAGCAAGACGUUCCCAUGGACUCCCUCUACAUCGAAGGCGACGUGGUGCGGUGUCGCAUUGAAAACCGGAGCGGGAGAAAUGCCGACCUGAGGGUCUGCGACCUCGAACAGAAGGAUAAGACAACGGUGGAGUGCCUGUUCCGGAUGGUCGAGAAGAACGAACUCGGGGCCAACAAAGUAAUUGUCGUGUUGGGAAAGGCUGGGAUGGGGAAAAGCCUUUUUGCCCAAAAGAUCUGCCUCGAUUGGUCCAACGGCAGGUUUGCCCAGUUUGAGUUUGUCUUCCGGUUCGAUUGCCGGCGGCUGAGCCUUCUCCCAGGGAAGCGCUACAACCUACGACAGCUGCUCUUUGAGUUCUCUGCCGACCCUCAAGAAGGAGGGGACAAUAACGUCUACAGAUAUCUGCUGCGGCACCCAGACAAGGUCCUCCUGAUCUUUGAUGGCUUCGAAGAGCUGCAGGAUCUAGAGGGUUUCUCCCUGUGUUUGGACAGCCUGCCCCGUAAGGAGCCCCGGGGCAUCGGUGCUGUCUUAGCCGGCCUCUUCCAGAAGAAGCUGCUCGACGGCUGCAUCAUGUUGCUCACUUCCCGGCCCAAAGAUAAGCUGCAUCAGUAUUUACCCCGGACGGACAAGAUCCUGGAGGUGGUGGGGUUCUCCUCGCAGCAAGCUGAAGCCUACCUGGCCAGGUACUUCAAAGGGUCCUCCUAUGGCAGGGAUGCCGCGAAUCUCAUCAAAAGUUCUCCUUAUCUUUUCAGCCACUGUCACAAUCCCGAUCUGUGCAGGAUCAUUUGCUUUGUGUGCAAAUCUGCCUUCAAAACUGGAGACAGAGAACUCCCUUCCAGUCUCACUGGCCUGCUUGUCAGAUUCCUCCUUCACAAGCUUGGGUGCGCGACAAACGGAAAAGCCACCUCAAAGCAUCGGGACAUCUCCGCCUUAGCCCGGGCUGCAUGGUCUCUUGGGCAGGGACAACCAAGGGCGCCAACGGGCCUUUGUUUCCCCUCUGUCGAAGCCAAGGAGGUGGCUCUGAAGUGCGGGAUAUUGGUGCCCUUGGCGUCCAGCGACGGCAGCGAAGAAUGCGGUUGUGCGUUUUCCAGUUUUGUGGUCCACAAUUUCUUGGCAGCUCUACAUUUGGUUCUAGCCAAAGAGAUGAAGGACAAAAGACUCACCAAACACCUCUGGGUGCCGUCCAAGCCCAAGAAGUUUCCCUGCUCCUGGGACUUGGUGCCUCGCCUCCUGGCCGGCUUGCUGUUCUUCCAGGACGACCUCAGCUCUUCCUUCCUCUUCCGAGAAGAAGGGGAGACGGACAUGGAGAAAAUGAUCGCCAAGAAGCGGAAAAGCCUCUGCAAAUACAUCCGGAAGCUCGAGAUAGGCGAUCUAGGCCCGGCCCGGCUGCUGGAGGUCUUCCACUGCGUCUGUGAGACAGAAGACCCGUUUCUGCUGCAGCAUUUGGCGUUGAGGGUCAGGCCGGCUCUCUCCUUCGGCUUCCCCUUCGCUCCUCCCGACGUCUGCGUCCUGCAUUCUGUCUUGAGGAAAGCCCCCAAGAAGUUCGCUUUGGACUUGAGAGGGAGCUCUGUCGGUUCAGAAGGACUCGGGCACCUGGUCUGCCUCCCGAAUGUCACGUCGUUCAGGGCGUCGCUUGGGGAGGUCGUACAGCUCUGGGAACGCUUGUGGGAAACAGCGGGAGAAGAGGAGCUGCAGUCGGCCAUUGAAAAAUUCGUCAUCGAUCCUUUCAAAGUCCAGACGGUGAAGGACGUGGAUGACCUCUCUGCUCUUGUGCUCAUGCAGGAGAAAAUGAGGCCCGGCAAAGAGCCAGUCCAGGCUUUCCUGGUGCUGCUUCAGAGAAGCCCAGGAGGCGAGUGCGGGGAUCGCCCCUUCAGAGACUGCCGCCUCAACCGAAGGCAGAGUCCUGGCUUGGAAGAGCCAUACUUCUUGUGGGCGGCAGGCCCCUCCGGUUGCAACGUCCGAGAGAUUCCGGCUGUCGCGGAUCUUCAGCACCUAGAAUUUGCAUUGGGACCCACCUGCGGCCUGAGAGGGUUCAAAAAGUUGGUGGAGAUUCUGGGUGCGUUUCCAGCUCUCCGGCAUUUGGACUUGGAUUCUCAAAAGGAGAACGAAAUUGGAGAUGAAGGAGCGGCCGCCCUCAGCGACAUCCUCCCUCGUUUGUGCUCCCUGGAAACUCUGAACUUGUCACAGAACAAGAUAACUAACCGGGGAGCAGAGAAGCUGGCCAAAGCUCUUCCUUAUCUGCCUUCACUGAAGACGGUGAGCGUGUACAAUAACAGCAUCGGUGACGCCGGAGCAGAAAACUUUGCAGACGUGCUUCCGGAACUGACCUCUUUAAGAGUGCUGAACGUUCAGUGCAACAAGAUAACAGCCGCAGGGGCCCACCGUCUGGCCGACAGCCUGAGGAAAUGCCCCCACGUGCGGAGCGUGGCGCUCUGGAAUCCCACAAUCCCUCAUGGUGUUCUCGAGCACCUUCAGCAGCUGGAUUCUCGAAUCAGAUCGCUCUAG